CAUCCAUCCGUGCCUACACCGAGCAGCAGAAAGGAGAACUCUUAUUCUCGUGCCUAUUUCUAGAAGAUCCAGGUAUGUGGAGGGCAGCAGGGACCCCUUCUCCUCGCCCCAGAUGCCAUCCUCGCCCGUCACCCGCACAGCCGGAACGCCGGCGGGUUCUGCAGCAACGGCUCCGGAACUGCCGGCCUCUGCGUCCGCAGCGCUGCCGCCAGCCAGGCUGGAGCGGAGUCUGUCCCCAGCGUCUGCGCUCCUGCGGGCCACCGGAAACCAGCUAAUCCAGGAACAAUGCAAACAGAGAGGAGCCUCCAGAGUUUCAGCAGCAGAUACAGGCAAAUCCCUUUUGUGUAUGAUGUCAAGCGGAACGUGUACAACGAGGAGAAUUUCCAGCAGGAGCACAGGAAGAAGGGCCCCACCUCUGGAAACAUGGACAUCAACAUCACCACUUUCAAGCACCACGUCCAGUGCCGCUGCUCCUGGCACAAGUUCCUGAGAUGCAUGCUCACAGUCUUCCCCUUCCUAGAGUGGAUAUGUUUGUAUCGAUUCAAGGACUGGCUUCUUGGAGACUUACUCGCUGGUUUAAGUGUUGGUCUUGUUCAAGUUCCCCAAGGCCUGACACUUAGUUUACUGACAAGGCAGCUGAUUCCUCCCCUCAACGUCACUUACGCCGCCUUCUGCUCUUCAGUCAUUUAUGUAAUUUUUGGAUCAUGUCAUCAAAUGUCCAUUGGCCCCUUCUUCCUUGUGAGUGCUCUGAUGAUCAAUGUUCUGAAGGAGAGACCCUUCAACAAUGGUCACCUGAUCUUGGGAACUUUUGUCAAGGAUGACUUCUCUGUCCCUACCUUCUACUUGAACUACAACAGAUCUUUAAGUAUGGUGGCAUCCACAACUUUCCUGACUGGGAUUAUUCAGCUGUCAAUGGGUGUGUUGGGCAUGGGCUUCAUGGCCACAUAUCUUCCAGAGGCUGCAACCAGUGCUUAUCUAGCAGCUGUGGCCCUGCACAUCAUACUGGCCCAGAUGACAUGCAUCUUGGGGAUUAUGGUCAGUUUCCACGCUGGGCCCAUCUCCUUCAUCUAUAACAUAAUUAACUACUGCAUAGCUCUCCCCAGAGCGAACUCUACCAGCAUCCUGCUGUUCAUCACCUCUGUGGUUGCUCUGAGAAUCAACAAGUGCAUCCGCAUCUCCUUCAACCGCUACCCUAUCGAAUUCCCCAUGGAGCUGCUGCUGAUUCUUGGCUUCAGCGUACUUACAAGCAAGAUAACCAUGGCCACAGAAAACAGCAAGAUGCUGAUGAACAUGAUUCCCUACAGCUUCGUGUUCCCUGAGAAUCCAGAGUUCGGCGUGCUCAGCAGAAUUGUUUUACAAGCCAUGUCUUUAUCUUUUGUGAGUUCCUUUCUGCUUGUAUCUCUGGGCAAGAAGAUUGCCAACUUCCAUAACUACAGAGCCAAUUCCAACCAGGAUUUAAUAGCCAUUGGCCUUUGCAACGUGCUCAGCUCCUUUUUCAAGUGUUGUGUGUUUACCGGUAGUAUGUCCAGGACGAUUAUCCAGGACAAAUCUGGAGGAAGACAGCAGUUUGCCUCUCUGGUAGGCGCAGGUGUGAUGCUGCUGAUGAUGGUGAAGAUGGCAAGCUUCUUCCACAAUCUGCCUAACGCUGUGCUGGCUGGGAUCAUCUUGAGCAAUGUGGUGCCCUACCUUGAAGCCAUUUACAACUUACCCAGUCUGUGGCGGCAGGACCAGUACGAAUGUGUCGUUUGGAUGGUGACAUUCUCCGCUGCGAUUCUCCUGGGACUCGACGUUGGACUGCUCAUCUCACUGGCCUUCACUUUCUUCAUCAUCACUAUUCGCUCACACAGAACCAAGAUCCUCGUCUUGGGUCAGAUCCCCAACACCAACAUUUACAGAAAUGUUGAUGACUACCGGGAGGUGAUUCACAUCCCUGGGGUGAAAAUCUUUCAGUGUUGCAGCUCCAUCACGUUUGUUAAUGUGUACCGUCUAAAGCACAAGUUGUUAAAAGAGGUCAAUAUGGUGAAGUUGCCCCUUAAAGAAGAAGAAAUUUACUCUCUGUUUCAUGGAAGUGAGACCAGUAUAGCAGAAAACAAAAUUUGUAGGUGUUUCUGUGACUGUGAAGAGCUGGAGCCAGAGGUCAGGGUUGUCUACACAGAGCGAUAUGAAAACAGACAGGAGCAGGACUCAUCCAUCAACCUGAUCCGCUGCUCCUACCUGGGCAGCGGGGACAGCAGCCAAGUCACUUCUGAGGAACAGAUUCCCUACACAGUGUCUUCCACAUCACAGAGAAAUAUAGGGCAGAACUACGAGGACAUGGAGAAAGCCUGGCUAUCCAACAGCCCCCCAAGAAACAGUCCACUACCACCGCCCGAAAACUCAGAAAGCUUAGCACAGAGCAGAUCCAGAUCCAUUAUCAUGCCUUACUCAGAUACGAGUGUGCAGGGCAACACCCACACCAUCAUUCUGGACUUUUCCAUGGUGCACUAUGUGGAUAAUCGGGCUUUGGUUAUACUAAGGCAGAUGUGCAAUGCUUUCUACAAUGCCAACAUUUUGGUCCUCAUUUCAGGGUGUCACACCUCUGUGGUCAAGUCGUUUGAGAAGAAUGAUUUCUUUGAUGAAGGCAUCACGAAGGCCCAGCUCUUCCUCAGUCUCCACGACGCCGUGCUGUUUGCCUUGUCCAGGAAGUUCUCUGAGCCCUCAGACUUAAGUAUGGAUGAGACCGAGACAGUGAUACAGGAGACCUACUCAGAGUCCGACAAGAAUGGCAAUCUGAGCAACCUGAGACUCAAAACGGGGACUGCCAUCAUAGAAGGCUCCCAGCAUGCAAGUCCAGGCUUCACCAAGACCCUGAAGCCUGGUAAGGAUGACUUGAAGUUUGACCUGGAACUGGAUCCCAUGCUGUCUUUUGAACAGAACAGUGGGAUGGAUCUCAAUCUGGACCUAGACUUGGACUUGGACCAGUCAGAGCUGGACCCUGGAUCUGAGCUGGACUCUGAGAUCCAAGCCAAACCUGAGCUGGAACUAGAGUCAGACCUUGAGACAGAUGCCCAGACAGAGCCCGAGACAGAGGAAGAGCCAGAGCUGGAGCCAGAGCUGGAGCCAGAGCUGGAGCCAGAGCCUGAGCCAGAGAGAGCCAAGAAGACCAGGACAAGGUCUCAGAGCCCCUGGCGGAACUACUUCUCUGCUUAUCGCUUUGGUUCUUCAAGCUCCCAGUCUAGAGCUCCAUCUCAGACACGCCCAGAAAAGAGACAGCCACAUAAUUACCCAAUUUCUCCCUAAAAUAAUAAGGAUCCUUGGUAGGUGACUCCAAAAUGCAGGUAGAGUAUCUUGGCAAAUCCUCCUUGCCCGACUCAGCAUGACAUCUAGACUGGGUACAAGCCACCAGUCCUGGCUCUGUGACCCCUCCACCUGCUGACUUCCUUCUUAUUGGAUUCUGGGAUCACAUGCCCAUCCAUCAUACGCCCAGGCUGUGUGACUCAAGGCCAGCAGUUGUCUCUUGGUUCUGUCUUCAGGCUUUGCAGAUUGCAUCGUCAACAGAUUUCCAGUGAAGGCCUCCCUGCACGUACUCUCUGGGAACUGUGCCAGCUUGUCUUUGAGUUCCUCCUCUCAGCUCUGCUUUCCUUUCUCCAAAGAAAUGAGGCUUGAAUAAAAUAUGGGACUCUACUUAACAC